UUUCAAGAACAAGUCAAAAGGUAAGCUUUGCUUGGAUUCUGUUCCUCUGAGUCCCUUUUGCUGGACUUGCCUCAGAUACAAUGGCAUCUCUCAAUUCUGUACAGUCGAGAUUUGCUAGACGCCCACGCGGCUCUUUGCGACUCUCACCUCAUAACAGUCGCAUACAGCCUGCUGUCGGCAUCGACGAGGACGACGACACAUCCAGCAGUUUCUUCGUCGUGACUGCCGCCGACCUUCCCAUCAGCCUCGACAGUCCUCAGCAACCGUGGUCGACUCGUCCUCUUCGGCCACCUUGUCAAGUUUGGUCAGUAGAGCUCAGAUUUGUGCCUGUAACCACUUGGGUUUGUUCUUCUUUGGGCAAUCCUUCCUGAGAUGGCCCUUCUCUCCACAUCCGAAGCACUUUCUUUCAUGCUUCACCCUCUGGCCACCAAAGGUAGUACCAGUAGUGGUCUUCUUGUUGCCAGUGUUGUUGGUGGAGUUAGUGCUGGUGUUGGCAUUGGAGGUGGCAGUCUUGGUGGUGGUUUG